UGAUUGAUACUCAGCCCUAAAUUUUGAAACAUAACCGUUAUUUUCUCUGAGCUUAUCUUCUGGUGUAGCUGCGUUUCCUGAUUUUCAUCUGGCGGCAUCACUGCGUUCAAUGCGGCAUGAUUGAGCGGGAGUUACUAGUUUCAUUUUUAGGUUAUGUAUAAUAUUUAGACAGUCUCGGGGUUCUCGGAGGUGAUGAUAAAGUGUCUCAUCGUUUAUUGUCUGUGAAUUUUGGUGAUAAGAUGAUAACUUGUGCGGUCAACAACUGCCCGUCUACUCAAAACACGGAGGUAGACGGAAAUCCGAUCGCGUUUUUCCCUUUUCCGGAAGAUAAUGUGAAAAAGAAUCAAUGGCUUCGUAACUGCGAUUUGCUAACGAGUGACAAGGUGCCCUUGCACAUUUGCGAGUUGCAUUUUGAGAAGAUUUACUUCACUUCAUCCAAAGAUUUGAAAUCAACUGCUGUUCCCACUAUAUUUGAAUCUUUGAAAGAAUCUAAAGUAAGGAAUAUACAGACAACACCAUUGAAAAUACUACCAAAACAGAAGAAAUUAGAUGAACAUUCACAUACUCUAGUGACUCCACCUCAAAGUCCAUCCAUACAAGAUAAUCCUGAGAAUUUGUUUAGUGGAAAUAAAGCAGAAGCAUCAACAGGUCGUGUUAUAGCUUUGAAUGGUUCUACAAUAUCGACAUCUACACAUGAUAAUCUUCAGGGUACAAAAACAUAUCGUCUGAUAAUACAGAUUGAUAAAAUACGAGGUAAACCAGGGCCGAAAUGUAAAAAGGUACCUCUAGUUAUGCUUCAUGAUAUGAAAGACACAGAGAUAAAUAAAAGUGAAACAGAAAGAAAACUUCGGACAUUACGCAUUAAAAAACCCUGUAUUAAGGGUAAUUGCAAACUGAAAAAGUGUAUAUAUAAUUCAAAACUAGCAUUUCAAUGUGAAAUGUGUGACAAAUAUUAUUUUGCAAAGAAAGCAGAAACCAAUAACUUUUCUUGCACUAAAUGUUACAAAACUUUUCCUAAUCCGCAAUCAUUAUAUGUUCAUAUCAGAAAACAUUUUAUAUGUGAUAUCUGUCAAACCGAAUGUAACUCUCAAUCGACAUAUGACAAGCAUAUAAGACUUCAUGUUAGUACUGAUCCAUCAUUUCCAUACAAAUGUCAUCAGUGUCGUAAAGUAUUCGAUGUGAAAGAUAGUGUUAAACAGCAUUGUCUGCUCGAGCACUCUAAAAUAAAUGUGCAGAAUACUAUUCUUCAAGUUACUUCACCUUCUCUACCUUCAUUAUUGCCUCAACAAAAUGAUUUCUUCUGUGCAAACUGCAAUAUUAGCUUCAAGAGUGAUCAAGCUUAUAGGAAUCAUAUAAGCACUCAUGGAAAGAAAGAAAGCUUUACGUGCAACAUUAAAAGCGAGGCUAAUAACAUAAUACCUGUACCGAAUCCUUUAACCGGAAGUCAAAUAGGCAUUCUUCAAGCAGUGAAAUUUAGUUGCCGACUGUGCUCUAAAGAAUUUGACAAUGUUGCAGAAGUUGACUUACAUACAAGGACUCAUUUAGAGGAUAUCGAUCGCAGUGACAAGUGCGAGUGAUAGAGACUUGGAACUGUGAAGAGGGAUACAACCGCGGAUGAAUAAACGAAUGGAUGAGCGAACGAAUGGUGAUAAUAGUGUCCUUUGAGAUGCCGCGAUGCUCAUGAAACGUGCAGAAUGAUCCUGAUUUUUGAAACGAAAGAACGUCCAGAAGUCACCGGCAGUGCGUAAGGGGCACCUGGGAGAAGAGAAACCGCCCCCCGGUGCCUGGAAUCUAAAAGGUGCCGACAACGGCAACCCGCUGCGGAACAAUCAUGCCGAUGUUCAUGGGUCGCCCACUGUCAACUGGGACCACUUCAAACGUAGCCGGCUUCAAUGUGUUUAUUUGGCUAACGUCAAAUUUACUCGUGAAAAGAGGGAGCCCGAGUCGAUACGCCGCUAUGAGCACACACGGCGAUACCUUGCUGUUCUGUUUCCGCAUCGUCCGAGAAGACAGAGAUUUGAUCGUUUUGUAUCGCGGAGGAUUUGCCUCGCAGUCACGGGGCGUGGCUCGUGUAACUCUGUUGUGAGCUCUUGACUUUCGUUCGUCAAGUUUAAGUCGAGCAUGGACGUAAUAAUCAGAUUGUUGCUCCUUGCGACGGUAAGAAGAAGAUCUCGUGAAACGAAUGUGCGUUUUCUUUUCGUGGAGAUUUGUAGAUAUAAUCUAUGAAUUGGAUACAUAUUGAUAACUGUUUCCAUUUAUUAUAUUGUAAAUAUACAUGUAUAAUAAAACAUAUAUCAAUUUAUUUUUAAUUACAAUGAUUAAACCUAUGUUUAAACAUAUUAAUUUGAAUUUAUACUAAUUAGCGAAUAUAAAAUGUCACAUUAAAGAGAAUCACU